AUGAAGGUUGACAGCAGCAGUCAACUGCAAGCUACAGAAGUAGCCCAAGCAUCUACUGGGCAAGAGCAAAAAUCAUAUUGGCAGUCACCGUUUGGUACUUACUUCGGGCAAGAUGCCAAAGUCGAGGGGUUUUCGGACUCGGACGAUGAACCCGAAGCCGAAUGCCGAGAAGAUGCACUAGACGGAACAUUGGCAAGCAGUAGCGAGUCUUCUAAUUCUCGAGAUGUGUUGGGGGCAUCCAUUUCGAAUAGCUUUGAUUCCAUUGUGAAUGCACCCUCGGAAGAGAACGAGCAAUACCUCAACGACGCCAAGCCAUCCUGUGGUGAGCGCGAAGGUGCAUCAAGCCUCAGUUUGAGUGUAUCAUCUAGUGAAAAUCAUUUGGAGCAAAAGCUCAGUGAAACGAGGAUGGAAACUGUCUUAACAGAGGAAUCGGAUCACAUGGCUUCUGUCGUCAAGGCGACGUCAACAGUCGAAACCAACGAAUCGGAAAAUUCUUCUGCAACCAGAGAAUCAGCCAGAAGCGCAGCUUCCAUGUUUGAUGAUGAUUCAGAUAAUGACUCGGUCGAAGAUGAAGAUGACUGUGAUAAUGUCAUCGAAAUAGCGGCAGAAGCAGAUGAAGCAAAAAUAGUCAAGAGACGAUCAAGGAUCGAAGAAUUGAAAGAGCAAUUGGGUCUCACAGAAUCUCAGGUCUCUGCCUCUGCAAGCGAAGAAAGUGAUUCUUCCCAUCCCGAAAGUGUCCUUGAUGCAAUUAAUGAAAUGACAAGCCCUGCACCCACCAUGGACUCUGCCUACGAUGGAGAACUCGAAAUCUCUAAAUCUGCGACAGGGGACUCGGUAUCUUUGAAUCAAGAGCCAUCAAGCGGGGAGACAUCUUCUUCAGCAUGGAUACCAUCCAUUCUGGUCAAGUCCAAUAGCGACGAGAAGAAAAAGAAGAACCCAGAAAGACGAGUUCAAUUUGACAUGUCAUCUGUUGAGGAGCCCGCUCCGCAACCGACAGAGCCAGAACCAAAAUCAUUAUGGGACCUCCUUGAUAAUUUGCUUGUCAAUACAGACCUGGGGAUCCUGGAUCGUUCGUGCAAAGAAGAAAAGCCAUCCAGACCCAAGGUCAAUCGAAAAGCGCUAAUGGAUGACAUGGCCAAGGAGGUCGAAAGUGGGCCUCUCGUUGCUUCGUCGGCAGCAAGCCAAAAUUCCGAGUCCUCUGGUCGCCUUGCAAACCAAUUUCCUGUGGUUGACUUCAAACAAAUUGACAGAUUGAUUGCGGCAUCCCAGCGCUAUCCAAACAGGCUACCGUCAAUUCCAGAAUGCGCUGAACCGUCAUUUGACAUUCCUGGUUGCGACAAUCAAAGUCUGACUGAAGAGGAGAGGAGAAUGGGACUCUCAGCAUUGGCUGACAUGAGUGUGACCAGUAUGUCGGAAAGCGUCGCUGAAAACAGCAUUGCGGAAACUGCCUUCGCAGAAGAGCGGGAAAAGGAAACUGAAUCAACUGAAGCGACGGAACAAGAAAAGAAGAGUUUUUUCAACAGUUGGAACUGCGGAAACCUAAAAUGCGUCACGCCGGAGACAAAGGACAUGUGUGGCCCAACAAUGAAACUCCCUGGAAUGAUUGCGCUCCAAGCUAUGAACGAUAUUCCCAUCACAAACGAGUCCAUGCUCCAUUGGACAGACUCUGAACAGCAAAAUGAAUCGAUUUCAAGAAGUAUCCUAAUGGCAAAUGAACACGUGAACGGCACAAAAGCGUAUCUUUCCAUGAUCGACGGGGUUGACUCGGACGAUGAAGACACAAUUGGGUCUGAAAAUACCUCACAAACUUCGAAUGUUUACGAUGAUUUUGAACACUCUGCCAUUUCCGAUCCUCCUAUCGAUGCUCCCACUGAUGCUCCCACUGAUUGUCGCUCUGAAAAUCCUGCAGACGCUCCUACUGAUACGCCUACGGAUGCUGAUCAGAAACGCGAGCGAGAAGAACCCUCAGGUUGUUCACCAAUUCAGGAUGCUCCCUCUGCUCCAAAAGAAUCAAUAUCGAAAAACCAAGAGGAAGUCUCAUGUCGUCGAGAAGAACCUUCCGAUCCGAGUUCUACUGUCGAGAAGAAUGCGUCCUCUUCCGCGAAUGAAUCGAUCUCAGAAAAUGAAGAAGAGAGCUCAAGUCCGACCAUCCGGAAACGAAUGGACCCACCGACUUCGCCGAAGCCCACUCAGCAGGCGACUGCCGAUAUGGAGAUGUCCACAGCCCACAAGGCGAGACAACUAGCCCAAAAAGCGAUGCGAGAAGCAGAACAAAGACGAAGAGCAAGAAAACCAGAUCCCGAGUCAUUCGAAGCAAGCAGGCCCAAGACAAAACCACCCAAGAACAAUACAACAAAGUCAAAAGAAAAAAACAGACAAGAACAAGCCAAGAAGAACACUGUGGCGAAGUCGAAGAAGAUGGACCCAACUGAAUCUAAGCCAAACUCAUCCAAGCCAACGCAAGCGAAGAAACCAAUGAAAAAAUUGAAAAAGGAUCCAACUGAAUCCAAGUCAAAGUCUGCUGUGAAAAAGAUGACCAAGCCGAAAACGAAUUUGACCGAUUCGAAGGCAACCAUGACCAAGGAAACUACAGCAAUAUCAAAGGCGCGACGAGCCAAGCCAACACCAGAAGUAGCCCAGAUAGCAAACAACAAGAAAGCGACGAUGCAGUCUAAGACGGCCCGAGCAUAUCCAACGCCAGAAUCAACCAAGGCGACGACAACAAAGACCGAGUCAACCCCUGGUUCCAACCAAGCCUGUCCAAUCGUCUUGGUAGAAGAACCCGCACAAGAAACGCGUGACGACUCCUCGCCUGUUGAUGACAAUGCAAGCCAGGUUUUACGAGACAAUGGGAAUGUGGACUCGCCCACCGUCGAGCAACCCAGCAGCGCAAUGCUCUCUCCAAUCAACACCACUCGACAGACAUCCAAGCUACAAAAGAGAGAAGCCGAGCGUCAGCAACUCAAGGAUACAAUCUUGUCCGAAAUGCCACCCUUGUAUGCUUUAAAGCCAGACGAAAUUGCCCUCGUUUUGGACGUUGGUACCAGAGAAUACUUGAGUGACCGUCGAAGCUACAACUUGGCAUACGAACAAGCUCGAUGGUGUGUCUUGGCGGCCCAAUCCAACACGGAUCGACCGUUGACAUCGGACAUGACCAAUGAAAUCAUUCGCGACGAGUGCCAGCGUUUUCGAGAAUAA